AUAUACCAGCCCUGAGCCACCAGCUCGCACACUCCCCUCGUUUCGUCGUGCACGAGCCGGAGCAGGAGACGAAGGGUUUCAGCCAUGGUUAGCCUCCGCCUCCCCCUCAUACUCCUCUCCCUCCUGGCCAUCUCCUUCUCAUGCAGCGCCGCGCCGCCGCCGGUGUACGACACGGAGGGCCACGAGCUGAGCGCCGACGGGAGCUACUACGUCCUCCCGGCUAGCCCCGGCCACGGAGGGGGCCUCACGAUGGCGCCCCGCGUGCUCCCCUGCCCGCUCCUCGUGGCGCAGGAGACGGACGAGCGCCGCAAGGGGUUCCCCGUGCGCUUCACCCCGUGGGGCGGCGCCGCGGCGCCGGAGGACAGGACCAUCCGCGUCUCGACCGACGUCCGCAUCCGCUUCAACGCCGCGACGAUCUGCGUGCAGUCCACCGAGUGGCAUGUCGGCGACGAGCCGCUCACGGGGGCGCGGCGCGUGGUGACGGGGCCGUUGAUCGGGCCGAGCCCGAGCGGGCGGGAGAACGCGUUCCGCGUGGAGAAGUACGGCGGUGGGUACAAGCUGGUGUCGUGCAGGGACUCGUGCCAGGACCUGGGCGUGUCAAGGGACGGCGCGCGGGCGUGGCUGGGCGCGAGCCAGCCGCCUCACGUCGUGGUCUUCAAGAAGGCCAGGCCAAGCCCACCAGAGUAAACGAGGGGAGGGGAGGGGGGGGGGGUCACUCAUGCGUUGCGUGGUGCGGUGGUGCCUCUGUAGCGUGUAUAGGUAGUAGGGUGCGUGCGUGCGUGCGCAUGUGCUGGUUGAAUAAUGUGUGAAGAGGCUAGCAGGUAUUGCUCCGUGGUUCUGUUCUCAUGGUCGUGUCAUGUCUGUUAGUCGUGAUAACUCGUGAGCACUGAGCAAGUGAGCAGGACUGCCUCUGGCUGUCUGGCCCAGCCGGACUUGUUAAGUCCAAAUGGAAUGAACGAAUUGUGCGGGAUAUGGAUUUUCA